GCCUCCUGCGCUCGGGGGCGAAUUAUAAAGUGGCUCCGGCCGCCGCAACCCGGCCGGCGAGGGAGGCAGGCGAGGCAGGCGCCCGGACCCUGGGCUGCAGCCGCGGCGACGCCGAGGACCGCGACGGUCAGCCCCGGCUGCCUCCAGCCUGCUCGCCUCUCCUCUCCGUCCAGAGUCCGCCCGGGACGUGCGCUCUCUGACCAUCCUGCGCUCCGAGCAGCCUCAGCCCCAUGGCGCCGUUCCUGCGACUCUGCACUUGGCUGCUGGCGUUCAGCCCCGGGCUCCUGGCGACCGUGAGGGCAGAAUGCAGCCAGGACUGUGCGACGUGCAGCUACCGCCUGGCGCGCCCAACCGACCUCAACCCUCUGGCUUGCACACUGGAAUGUGAGGGGAAACUGCCUUCUCUUAAGACCUGGGAAACCUGCAAGGAGCUUCUGCAGCUGUCCAAGCUGGAGCUUCCGCCCGAUGGCACCAGCGCCCACCGAGAAAGUGACAAACAGGAGGAAGGCCACCUGCUAGCCAAGAAGUACGGGGGCUUCAUGAAGAGGUAUGGGGGCUUCAUGAAGAAAAUGGAUGAGCUGUAUCCUGCGGAGCUGGAGGAAGAGGCCAAUGGAGGUGAAAUCCUCGGCAAGAGAUACGGCGGCUUCAUGAAGAAGGAUGCGGAGGAAGACGACGGUCUGGGCAAUUCUUCCGACCUGCUCAAGGAGCUGCUGCGAGCGGGGGAUCACGGAGACGGGAGCCCACACCAGGAGGGCAGUGAGGACGAAGAGGUGAGCAAGCGGUAUGGCGGCUUCAUGAGAGGCCUCAAGAGAAGCCCCCAACUGGAAGGCGAAGCCAAGGAGCUGCAGAAGAGGUACGGGGGCUUCAUGCGGAGGGUGGGCCGCCCGGAGUGGUGGAUGGACUAUCAGAAAAGGUACGGUGGCUUCCUCAAGCGCUUCGCCGAUUCCCUGCCCUCGGACGAAGACGGUGAAGGCUACUCAAAGGAGGUUCCCGAGAUGGAGAAAAGAUAUGGUGGAUUUAUGAGAUUCUGAUCCCCUUCCCCAGCAGGGAGCCCAACCCCCCACCCCGCCCCUGUUCCCCCCCACCCCCACCCCCCCCCGCAAGCCUUCCUCCAUCCCCCAGUGAGACACUGCUGGGCUGUUGUGUUUUACUGUCCUGUGCUGCUUGCCUUCUGUGGUUGACUUGAUUGCAUAAUUCACUACACAAUCUGAAAGCUGUCCUUUCAGGUCCUGUGUUCUUUUGAGAAUCUUUCUGCUCAAUAUUGGUCUCUUGGUCUCUAGUAUUGCAACUGUCUUGUUUUCAUGCUGAAACUGUUUCUGUUCUUACCUUGUCCUUUGUUUUGGACAAACGCCCAUAAAUGCUGACUUGUACAUAGAUACAAUAAACCCAUUACCCCAACUGCA